AGAGGAGGGAGGUUGUUUGGAGAUGGAACAGCCACAACAGACCACUGAGGAUGACAGUGAAAUGUCACAGAAGCAUUUGGAGAAAGAAUCACCGGAUCAACAGGUUGAUGACAAUACAGGAGUGAUACAAGACGUGUGCAAAGAGGAAAAUAAGCCACAGGUAGUGGAAGAUAAAGCUUACGAUGCAGAGGUUCAGGGAGGCAUGGGAAUGGAGGAACAGCCAGUGCUGGUCAUUGAGGAUGAGCUGAAAGCUGCAGAGGAGGGAGGGUGCCGGGGGAUAGAAGAGCAGCCAGCACUGGCCUUGGAAGAAGAGUCUAGAAAGGUUACUGAGGGAGCAAACAAAGAGACGGUAUCUGGCCAGGAGAAGUCUGGAGAGACGGAGGACUCUCAGAGUCAAGAGACACAGAGGUCCGCUAACGGCAGUGAGAAGACGGGCGGGGAAAACAAGGCCAAGGUGGACCUGAGUCAGGCGGGCUGUGAGACCCACCAGGCAGGGAUGGAGAACGGUCUUCCUCAGCCGGAACAGAGAGAAGAGGAGGAGGUGCUACCAACAGGGAGACAGGAGGAAGAGCAGGGGGAGGAGGAGGCUCUGCCCCCCAGGAAGACGGUCAGAAUGGAGAGCCCACUGCCACAGAGUUACGAGUACAGCACCGAGCCCCAGGAGUUCGACAUCUCCCUCUACGUCAAGGCGGGCAGCGAUGGAGAGAGCAUUGGGAACUGCCCCUUCUCCCAGAGGCUCUUCAUGAUCCUGUGGCUGAAGGGCGUGGUCUUCAACGUCACCACCGUCGACCUCAAGAGGAAACCAGCCGACCUGCAGGACUUGGCUCCAGGAGCAAAUCCGCCCUUCGUCACGUUUAAUGGGGAGGUGAAGGUGGACGUCAACAAGAUCGAGGAGUUCCUGGAGGAGAAACUGAUUCCUCCACGGUACCCCAGUCUGGCUGUUAAGCACCCAGAGUCCAACACUGCAGGGAUUGAUGUGUUUGCAAAGUUCUCGGCCUUCAUCAAAAACCCUCGCAAGGACGCCAAUGAAGGCCUGGAGAAGGCUCUGUUGAAGUCUCUAAACAGGCUGGAUGAGUUCCUGAGGACCCCUCUGCCAGAGGAGAUAGACUCAGACUGUCUCAGCGACCCGGGAGAGUCCACACGCGGCUUCCUGGACGGACCCGACCUCACGCUCGCAGACUGCAACCUGCUGCCCAAACUACACAUCAUGAAGGUGGUAGCGAGGAAGUACAGGAGUUUUGAGAUCCCGGCAGAGAUGACUGGCGUGUGGAGAUAUCUGAACAACGCCUACCAGAGAGAAGAGUUCACCAACACCUGUCCGGCAGAGCGUGAGAUCGAGUUCGCCUACCUGGACGUGGCCAAAAGGAUCAAAUAGGAGGGGGGCACAGCCAUGGGUGAAUGGGAGUGUGAAGAAAUGGAGAAAUGUGUGUGCGUGAGUGUGGGUGUGCAUGCACGCUGGUGUGUGUACACGUGUGUGUGUGUGUGUGUGUGCACAAGUGUGUGUGUGUGUGUGUGUGUGUGUGUGUGCUCUCACUGGCUGGGCAGCACAUGCUAAGCAGCACUGUUCUGUCGCUGUGAUUACAGUGUCGUUUUGUCAUCUGAAGCCAUUUUCUGCAGGCCAGGGCUUCCACUCACAACUCCGUUCGCCUGCCAGUGAGAAAGAAACUCAGGCUGCCAGGCUGCGAUGUUCUGGUACUGCUGGCAGCCCUUCUUCGUCCUUUGUUCACGGCGUGGGAGGGACAAGAACGGAGGAACAGAACAGAGUGUCUUUGUAACAGUGUGUGUUUAUGUUGGUAUUAAGUGUCUGUGAUGCUUCAAUGGCAGGGCCAGAAAACGUGUUACAGUAUGUCUAAGGCUGAUUAUGAUAAGUACUGAUAAGUACAUGAGGGCUGACUCAAAUAACAUCCAGCAGGUCGUCAACCCUGAGAUUGCUUUGUAAACAUAGUACUUUGGCAUUUACCACGUUAAUAUCUUUCCUUAUAAUCAUUUAUUUUGUGUAUUAAAUGGAAUGUUUUGAUGUCAUUCAUUCCAUUUUUUUAUAUGCAGGAUGAUGAUUCAGUAGUUCAAUACAAACAAAAAACGCUUGUACAAUCACGGCUAAAAUGUAACCGUGGGGGCUUUCUACUGGUAUUGCUGUGAUUAAUGAAACCCAUUUUGUUCUACUUUUUUGUUUGCUUUGCAUAACCACUGUUUCUUUUCAUAUUUUUAUAUCAAUUUCAGUAAGUCUGUGUGGCAUCACAUACUAAUUUUAAAAAGUUCAGAUUAAAUCUUUAAACGCUAUAUUAUAGCUAAAUUUUUGGGUUUGAUUGUUUUAUACUGUGCAUCAAAUGUAUUUGAUUGACACAAGCCAUUUAAGCAAAUGCAUUAUUCUAUAAAAGCCUUAUGAAUUUCACAAGAGACUUAAUUAAAUUAAUAAAAUGAAUAAGCUUU